GCACUCACAAACACAGAGAGGGCAACCAUGCCCCUCAGCACCACAUGGAUGCUCCUAACACUGCACACGGCGGCGGCGCUCGACCUCCGCCGCCGUUGGUUAGUAACGGCACCCCUGGGCUGCGCCCUGCCCGCCAACGCUGCGGAGCAGAUGAUGCGCACGUCAGCGGCGCCCGCCACCGUCUUCGUCGCCGGCGCCACGGGCCAGACCGGACGCAGAGUGCUGGAACGCCUCGCCGCCAAGGGCGGCUCCGUGGUUGCCGGCGUGCGCGACACGAAGAAAGCCGAGAAGACGCUCGCUGAGGCCAGCACGGUCGUCCGAGGCGCCAUGGUCCAGAAGGUGGACGCGGUGGACACGAAGGGUGUGAGAUUAGCGAAGUUGGAUGUUGUGGCCAUGUCCGUCGACGACAUGGCCGCCGCGCUCAGUGGGAGUGACGCUUUAGUUAUUGCGACGGGCUUCGUGCCGGGCAAUCCCCUGAAGAUGGACGCCCAGGCGCACGCCGUCGAUAACUUGGGGACUGUCGCGUUAGUGGAUGCCGCCAAAAAGGCUGGGGUGAAGAAGGUCGUGAUGGUGUCUUCGAUCCUGACGAACGGCCGCGCGUGGGGCCAGGAGAACUCGCCCGGUUUCCAAGUCACGAACGCCUUCGGGCAUGUUUUAGAUGAGAAGAUCGUCGCCGAGAAAUAUCUCAGAGCUUCCGGACUGGACUACACCAUUGUAAGACCGGGCGGCCUGAAGGCCAAGCCGCCGACGGGCCCGCUCAAAGUAUCGAAGGAGGACACGCUGAACGCCGGCGAGGUCUCGCGAGACCUCGUGGCCGACGUCUGCGUUCAGGCCCUGUCCGACGGGAAGGCCUCGAAGAAGGUCGUGGAGAUCAUCGAGGGCGAGGGCGGCGGGACGACGCCGAUCGAGUCCGCGUUCGCGAGCGUCUGAGUAAGGGGUGGUUUUUAGUCGG